UCGUCAACAACUCGUGCAACCCGGCGCAGCAGUGGCAGACGGGCGCUCAGCACUUCGGCGUCUCUCAAGAGUACCAGCACGCGACACCCGAUGCCUCACUCCAGUCCCAGUAUAGCGGCUACCCGCAAGCUUACUAUCCUCAACACUUCUCGCCUGCGGCGGAUUUCCGCUCCGGCGUUCCGGAAAACAGGGCGUUGUAUUAUAAAGUAUCGGAACAAUUUAAAUCGGGCACAAGAUAUUUUCAAACAAAUCAAUUUAAGCGUGAUAAAAUGCUGGACGAGCGGUCAUACUACAUAGCGAACAGUCCAGAGAACACUAAACUGAACCUGUGCCGGAUCUGCGGCAAGUCGUACGCGAGGCCGAGCACUCUGAAGACCCACCUGCGCACGCACUCGGGAGAAAAACCAUACAAAUGUAACGCUUGUAGCAAGUCAUUCUCACAAGCGGCGAACCUUACCGCGCAUGCGCGAACCCACAGCGGCGAGAAGCCGUUCCACUGCCGGGUCUGCGACCGACACUUUUCCCAGAGUUCCUCGGUGACGACGCACAUGCGCACUCAUUCAGGGGAGCGCCCCUACCGAUGUCGGCUGUGCAAGAAGGCGUUCUCCGACAGCUCGACGCUCACCAAGCACCUUCGGAUCCACAGCGGCGAGAAGCCGUACCAGUGUAAGCUGUGUCUGCUGCGCUUCUCGCAGUCCGGAAACCUCAACAGACACAUGCGUGUUCACAACAGCACCGGCUAGUGGCUCGGAUGUGUGCACCAGCAACGGCUAGAGGCACAUCAUUGUACAUCAGCAACGGCUAGCGGCCCGGAUGUGCGCAUGUGAACACUAACAGCGGCUAGUGGCCAAGAUGUGCACACCAGCAACGGCUAGAGGCCCAAAUGUUCCCACCAGCAGCGGUUAGUGGCCCGGAUGUGCACACCAGCAACGGCUAGUGACCUGGAUAUGUACACUAGCACCGGCUAGUAGCCCGGAUGUUCGCAUCUAACUAAGCAAGCGACAAUGCACGACCUUCUGAUGUUUUAUGGCGUAGCGAAAUUAAUGGUGACAGUGAUUCAUUGUGAAGACCAGUAUUCAAUAUUGAGACUUCACACGUUAUUUAUCCAAACCUUAUA